UCUUUAUACUGAGUUUACUGGUCUAAAAAGCCGAGGUCUUCAGACGUGAGUUUGAUUCGGUGUUGUUCACUUACUUAUCCGUGAAAGGUAGUCGAGUAGAAUGGUGCUAACCUGCCUUGCCACGCUCUUCAGUUGGAUAGCAGUGGGGGGCUUUGACUUCAGCGACCCAGGAAAGGCAACACAUGGGACAUGGAGCAAACUUGUCUCGACCGCCGCCAACCGCGCGGCCUUCAUCGACUCGUUAAGGGAAUUUAUGAGCAAGUAUGGAUUCCAGGGAGUAGAUCUCGACUGGGAGUAUCCAGUCGACCCCAAAAGAGGAGGCGCCCCGGAAGAUACGGAAAAUCUAGUACUUCUUGUCCGGGAGAUGCGUGCUGCGUUCGGCAGCGCGUAUGGUAUCAGCUUGACACUGGCGCCAGACUACUGGUAUCUCCGAUACUUUGACGCCAAGGCCAUGGAGAGUUCGGUGGACUUUUUCGGUUUUAUGGCUUAUGAUGAGUGGAUGCUUGAGCUCCGUGCUUUUUGAGUGAUUCCCAUAUCGCUUGAUAUUAUUAUGAAGCUGACCCUUGCCAACCCCCAAGACCACGGCUUUUGGGACCAGGACGUGAAAACGCUAGGUUCAAUCGUCCGUGGCCAGGCCGAUAUUCGUGACAUCGCAAACAAUACGGUACCUUUGU